AGCGCCGAUUGUGUUUUUUAUGGUCCUUGAGACGGACAGGCGAGCAAGAGCCAGUAAUUAAUUUUCCACGGAAUUUUAAUUAUUUGCACGUCCGAAUUGACCUUUAAGUUGAACUUUAAUUAUUAAAUAGCUAAUUGUUCUACCUAACCUCUUUUUUGACACGGGCACUUGUCACACGUUUAAUUUUCUGUCCGUCCACUUUUCCCAUUUUUUUAUUCCAUUUGACUAAUUAGUUGGGUAAAUCUUAUAAUAAUACACGACAUUUUUUUCAAAGUUCGACAUAAAAUUUUUGAAAGUAGCAAGGGCGAAAUUCGUUCAUACUUUUAGAGGAUUUUAGCUAUUAAAAUGCCACGCCCACCCCGAAAGCGAGGCCGAUUCAACGUCUUUGAAACAUUGUACAAGGAGUACGUCGCUGGAAGGAAUGUCGACACGACGAUAAUGGUUGGGAAGGAAAAGUUGAAUGUUCAUCGAAACGCGUUGGUCGGAGUUUCCAAGGAAUUCAAAAAGAAGUUGAACAAGCAACGUGGCGAUGGUGGUAGGGGCCAGCAGAGCUUGAUAACUUUGCCGGAGGGGACGUCGCUGGAAGCGGCAAAGGCUUUCAUUAAAGUUCUGUACUUGAAGGACGAAUCCCUGGAAAUCGGUGUAGUCAUGGAUGUAGUGUAUUUGUGCGACAAAUAUCUUGUCGAACAACGACUCGAUGAGGUCAUCUCGACCGUGAUUAGAACGAUUCACGUGGAUAAUUGUCUGGCAGUUUGUGAAGGCAGUGUGCACCUGUCAAGGUGUCAGAGACUGUUUGAUGCAGCAUGGAAAUGUUUUAUUCGAAACUUUGACGAAUUGCUGGGGGAGUUUGGAACCAAGUUAAGCUCAAAGUUAUGGGAGAAAAUUCUUCACCUGGAAGGAGAAGAUGUAGAGAUUUCGGAGAUAUUCUUGUUUGAAGAACUUUUAAAAUGGCGAGACAGCUACGAAUCUCGACAGGAAGAGUUUCAACGGCUUUUGGCUCUGGUUCGAUUUCCAUUAAUGGACCUGGAAACAAUUAUGCAUGUCGUAGAACCUGCUGGAGUCUUGUCAGAUAAAGAUUUGAUGGACAUUUCUGCAUAUAUUGUUGGUGGUGGGCCGAAAGGGAAACGCAUCCCGAGAUUCGUCACGCAUUCGCGGAAAUACAAGUUCGUUACGGGUUUAGCUAACUUACAACAUACGUUGGACGAGGCGAAACCCUACGAUUUGAUUAAGCUCGGACCGGGCAUCUUUAGAACGUACUCGACUCUUGUAAUUCCAGAGAAGGUGACUAUCAAGGGAGCCGGCCCGUCCACCGUUAUAGCGGGAGGUUACCCAGACUUCAACAUUGAAAUUCUGAAUGAAGGACCGGAUGACAUUCACAUUUCGGAUCUGCAGAUCGUUCGGAAUUCAUCCAAUCAACAGGAAGGAGGAGGAGUUGGGUAUCCAAUCAAUUCUGGUAUCUCACUCUGGGGAGCAAGGAAUAUCGCGAAAAACAUCACCUUUCAAGAAUGUGCCUUAAUCGUGGGAGGACGGAACUGCAAAAUCGACGAGGUCACUUGCAAUGGUGGCCCGGUUGGAAUCUGUGUCAUGCAUCAAGGCUACAACGCUUUGUCUAACCUGACGUUCCGAAAUCUCGCCUUUGGAUUGUACGUUUCUCACGACAGUGGUGGAAAUGUAAUUGAUAACAUUUCCUGUCAUAACGUCGACAUCGGAGUCACCUUGGAGACAAAUAAUAACUCUUUAGCCAACUUAAUCUAUAACUUUUCAAGAUUCGGGGUACGAGCAGACAGGAAAGGUGUCCAAGUAUUGGGAGGUUCUUGGAACCGACUAAAGAACUUGCAAUGUAGGGGUUAUCAAGAGUUGCUGAUGGGUGGGAAUAAUGGUCCUGCUGAACCAGUGGACAUGGAAGACGUUUUCGCCAUGGUCAUAGAAUCUCAGGGGACUCCAGACCCAGAAUAUAACCAAGUCGAUCGAUGCGUCGGUGGUCCGGUGAAAUUGAGCGGAGUAAAUAACACGUUGACCAAUGUUGACGCCGGGAACCUGUUUCUGAUUUCUGGAGUACGCCAUAAGCUUGGACACUGUUUGGCUGAAAAAUAUUUCGAGUCGGAUGAUUCGACUGAUGUAGACAUGACCGAUUGCGAUUUAUCCCUUUAAACAAAUCUGGCUGUUAAAAGUAUUUAUUUCCACUGAUUGAUGAUUGAUUCAUGAACAUCUUUUGCUUAGUUUAUUUAUUUUUAUAUUUAUAUGACCUCAUUGUGUACUUCUACGUGAUUUCCAGUAUUCUGGACUAAAUUAAGUAAUAAUUGAUAGUUUGUAAAAUUCUAUUAGUAUGCUUAGUAUAAAAUGGACUAUGUUUAUGGUCCUUAAAAAUAGUAAUAUCUAUUAGUUGAUGAGAAGUUAAACUUGCAAAAUAUCACUUGUAGCUUUUGUUGUUUCUAUUUGUUGGAAUAAGUUGCAGCUUGUUUUGUUCACAGAGUUCUCUAAUAAAUACAUACCAAAAUAAUCUCGGUAUUCUU